GUUGUUUCAUUCAUAUAUUCCUAAGAAUGUUUGCAGCGGUACGCCGGACCGUUGUAGGGUCACGUCGACCAACAGUAAAGGGCCGGGAGUGAGCGAGUUGAACGUUGAACGUUGAAGCUCGACAUCUGCUCUCUGCUGGGGUACUUGCACUUGCCUAACCAUGUCUGUACCGCACAGCAAACGCGUCUGUCAGAUCAUUAAGUUAAAGCCUGAAGCCGAAGUCGAGUACAAGGCCCUUCAUGCGGCCGCCUGGCCAGGGGUGCUAGUAGCGCUCGCACGGCACCACAUUGCCGAUUACUUGAUCCACUACUAUCCCCCACUGCACUUGCUCAUCGCGCACUUCAAGUACACGGGUGAUGACUUCGAUGCGGACAUGAAGAUGAUGGCUGAAGAUGAGGAGACACGGAGAUGGUGGGCAAUCACGGAUAAGAUGCAGGAGAGCUUCGUCGAAGGCGCGGAGGGAAGUGGGGGAGAGCUCCCGUGGUGGUUGGAUCUUGAGGAAGUGUUCCGGUUCGAGGGGGACGCCGCGAGUGCACCUUCAUCUCAAUAAUUACUACAUCCUGCGAGCGACGUUGUUUGGGGUCGGAGACAGCGAAGGUAUACAUAAACUCGCCCAUAGAGUACAAUGUGUCAACAUGCGAUCAUAGCAGUGAAAUUUCUGGAGACUGCC